AUGGAAUCUGGGAGAAGGGGAUGGAAUCUGGGAGAAGGGGAUGGAAUCAGGGAGAAGGGGAUGGAAUCUGGGAGAAGGGGAUGGAAUCUGGGAGAAGGGGAUGGAUUCUGUGAAAGGGGAUGGAAUCUGGGAGAAGGGGGUGGAAUCAGGGAGAAGGGGAUGAAAUCUGGGAGAAGGGGAUGGAAUCUGGGAGAAGGGGAUGGAAUAUGGGAGAAGGGGAUGGAAUCUGGGAGAAGGGGAUGGAAUCUGGGAGAAGGGGAUGGAAUCAGGGAGAAGGGUAUGGAAUCUGGGAGAAGGGGGUGGAAUCUGGGAGAAGGGGGUGGAAUCUGGGAGAAGGGGAUGGAAUCUGGGAGAAGGGGAUGGAAUCUGGGAGAAGGGGAUGGAAUCUGGGAGAAGGGGAUGGAAUCUAGAAGAAGGGGAUGGAAUCUGGGAGAACGGGAUAGAAUCUGGGAGAAGGGGAUGGAAUCUGGGAGAAGGGGAUGGAAUCUAGGAGAAGUGGAUAGAAUCUGGGAGAAAGGGAUGGAAUCAGGGAGAAGGGGAUGGAAUCUGGGAGAAGGGGAUGGAAUCAGGGAGAAGGGGAUGGAAUCUGGGAGAAGGGGAUGGAUUCUGGGAAAGGGGAUGGAAUCUGGGAGAAGGGGGGGAUGGAAUCUGGAAGAAGGGGAUGGAAUCUGGGAGAAGGGGAUGGAAUCAGGGAGAAGGGGAUGGAAUCUGGGAGAAGGGGAUGGAAUCAGGGAGAAGGGGAUGAAAUCUGGGAGAAGGGGAUGGAAUCUAGGAGAAGGGGAUGGAAUAAGGGAGAAGGGGAUGGAAUCUGGGAGAAGGGGAUGGAAUCUGGGAGAAGGGGAUGGAAUCUGGGAGAAUGGGAUGGAAUCUAGGAGAAGGGGAUGGAAUCAGGGAGAAGGGGAUGGAAUCUGGGAGAAGGGGAUGGAAUCUGGGAGAAGGGGGUGGAAUCGAGGAGAAGGGGAUGGAAUCUGGGAGAAGGGGAUGGAAUCUGGGAGAAGGGGAUGGAAUCUGGGAGAAGGGGAUGGAAUCAGGGAGAAGGGGAUGGAAUCUGCGAGAAGGGGAUGGAAUCUGGGAGAAGGGGAUGGAUUCUGGGAAAGGGGAUGGAAUCUGGGAGAAGGGGGUGGAAUCAGGGAGAAGGGGAUGAAAUCUGGGAGAAGGGGAUGGAAUCUGGGAGAAGGGGAUGGAAUAUGGGAGAAGGGGAUGGAAUCUGGAAGAAGGGGAUGGAAUCUGGGAGAAGGGGAUUGA